AUGAGACAUGUGGAAUCCCUUAUGCUCAUUCCUUUGUCAGUAGAGAACGGUGGUAAGGUUGUGGAUGAAGAGGCUGACCAAGUUGGGGUUGGGCAAGGAAAGCUCUACUCCCCGGCGCAUGCCCUUAGAAUUGAUAAUAUUAAUAUUAAUAUGGGAGUUGGAGGUGACAUGAUAAGGAGAAACUUCGGAGCCAUCAAGGAGAGGCUACUGGAGAAGCUGUCGGCCGCCGCCGUCCCCGCCGACGCCCUCGACAACGCCCGCCGCAUGCUGGAGAGCGUCCUCCGCGACGUCACGGUGGCCGCCCACGCCCUCUCCAAGGACGCCUUGCACCGCAUCAAAACACAUCUAGUUGAUAUUCUCCCUUCUCUCUCCCCUGCCCUCACCACAAAGAUGGUGGACGACGCGGAGAAGGAAGCAACUGCAGGAGCAGCAGAAGAUGAUAACAAUAAUAAUUAUAAUGAAGAGAUAACCGAAGAAGCGAGUAACGAUCAUCAAGAUUCUGCUAGCACUACUCCGAUAUUGCUUAAUAAACCAUCUUCCAAGCUUUGA